AUGUCGACAAAAGCUCGAAAGCGAAUUUUGAGAGACUACAAAGAUUACCUUCGAAACAAGCCGAUGGGAAUCACUUGCCGAAUUCAUGAGGAUAACAUGAUGAUAUGGGAUGCCUGCAUUCUUGGACCUCCUGAUACUCCUUGGGAAGGGGGAACGUUUUUCCUACGUAUUGAGUUGUCCGAGGAAUAUCCGGAUGUGGCGCCAUCGAUUCGCUUUCUCAAUCGUCUCUUUCACCCAAAUAUUUAUGUGGAUGGAAAAAUCUGUCUGGACAUUCUGCAGAAUCGAUGGACGCCCCAGUACACCAUUCUUACCGUUCUGCUUUCAAUUCAGAGUCUUUUAAAUGAUCCAAACCCCGCGAGUCCCGCCAAUCAACAUGCCUCCUCUAUCUACUGCCAUAGCAAAGAGACGUUUUGGAUUUUCGUGUAUCUAAUCGGUAGCUACAACGAAAUGGUGCGGGAAUGUGUGGUGAGGAGUUGGCUGAGUCCUGCCGCUGUAAAGGAGUGUUUUUCAGAGGAAGGACGCUUCGUAUCUUUUGUACCAUGUUUCGAAGAUUGUUUGUCCCAGAACACAAUUCACCCAAACCUAUUGGAGGUCUUGAUAACGUGA